GUCAAAGGAGAAAAAAAAAAAUCUUGUUUUCCUGACACUCCUACAUGUGCAAGAGCCCGUAUGAACUAGUGGUCUGCAGUGAUGGAUUAAUGUUAAUAUAAUAGCGACCAAAACUUUUUACUGUAAUAAUAAUAAUAAUAAUAAUAAUAAUAAUAAUAAUAAUAAUACGUUAUUAAACUCGUACAGAGAUACGGUAAAUCCACGUGUUUUAGUGGGGUCAUCGGGAGUUUUAGGACAACAGAUGGACAUUUGCUCAAGCGUUCAAUGCGUCGCUGUUUAUGUCGCCCCUAUCCAUUUGGCCUGUCUGCAUGUGUUUAAGCUUACGCUCUUUUAUUGUUCCCCACAUCCAGAGCGUUUUAUAAACGUGGUAACUGACAGUCUCUUUGGUCAUGAUUGCGCACAGGGUCUAUUACAGCAGAAUACUCCUCGCUUGAGCCAUUACGCACAAAAAAAAAAAAAAAAAACCUCCCGUCAGCUAAAAUGCGUUUAACGCCCCUCAUGCUUCAUAAAUCACGUUGUGCGCGUCCACUGUAGUGGAGAACAGCUUCGGUUAACUGUUUCCUUCCUCUUUGAAACAGUGAUCAAAUAUAAACACCAUUAAGCCAUAGUGCAGGGGGUGAUUUGUAUAGAAUUGGUUUACUUGAACUUUAUUGCAUCGCUGAGUGCCCCAUUAAGAUACCGUGGAAAGUGCCAUAAUUGCUUUUGAAGAACUCAGAGCAAAUAGUCUGUUGAUACACACUAUCAAGGUAAAAGCCUUCGUCUUCCUGUACAAUGUAUAUGAAGAAUAGUUAAAUCACUCCGGUGAUGUGCGCAAACUCCGCGGGUGAGCUCGAGGGUUGUGGAAACACGCUCCACGCGCACGCUGGUUAAUUGAGUUCUGUCUCUCACUCCAACCUUUAAUUGGUUUACCACGAGAGCUGUUGUUUAAUGGAGCGAGCGCACACCUACUAAAGGCUAAUGGCCAGCAAACAGGGCGAGAGUGCAGCGGCCGCAGCAGCUCCGUGUUUGUUGUCGCCAAGGGCCCCUUCGUGCAGGGACCGAGCCGCCCCCCCAGCCCAGACACACACUCGCGCGCUAAAUGGUGUUAAAUGAUGCAUUUACAGAAGUGUAAUGGGUACAUUUUAAAAGUCAGAAAGGUGUAGACAAAUGAAGAAGAAGAAAGAAAGAAAAAAAAAAGCUUGUGGAAACACACUAUGGUUGUUUGAGCUUUUCAUCUGAGUUUCCAAGACAACUGUCUCUCCAUCCAGGUCUCUUAUCUGGCAGGUCAACCAAUGUUUGCGCCCAUACAUAUCGAUUUAUCAGCCUCAGACCAGAGAUAUCCAUAUAAAGUGUCGAUGCUUCGUUGUUUGAGGAUAAUCAUCAACAUGUUUCUUGCGUACGCUUUAGACUAACGAGGAUCUCUUUAACCAUUCUGUUCUCUCUCUCUCUCUCUGUGUGUGUGUGUGUGUGUGUGUGUGUGUGUGUGUGUGUGUGUGUGUGUGUGUGUGUGUGUGUGUGUGCGUGCGCGCGCGCGCUGGCAGGGUCUUACAGAUUCACCUGUUGCUGCUGUAGGGGCAAACACAGGUGGAUGCCAGGUAAACUUUGCGGUAUUUACAGAGCGGCAUUGAUUUACGCGCUGACGACCGUUCUGUUCAAUUUACUGAAAAAAUCCCACAAGCUGCGGAAUAUCCUGGAAACUGGGGGGGGUGUAGGUAUAGGUCUGCCGUUUUGAACAAACAGUGAAACCAAUGGCUUUGGCGCUGCGGAGUCACAUGGUGGCAGAGUGACACACCUGUGUGGAGCAGCGAGGGGCCUGACAGUUGCGCCAGAGACAGGUAGAGCAGGAGGUCCACGCCGAGGCAGGGCGCACAAUAUAGCUACGGUACAUGUGCGGGUCUUCGGGAAGCCAUGAAUCGGGAAGAUCAUUAUUACCCGUCUCAGGUUUUUAAAGACUCCUGUGCCUUCCAGAGAUCACAGGUGGAGGACUACAGCCACAGCCCGCCGCCUUGCCUCUACAUGAGCAGACAGGUGCACUCUGUCUACACACCGCCGUCCAUGGGAGCUUUGGAGCAGGCCAGCCUUCCUGACAUUGCCCCCUCUUACAGUUUACCCAUGCGGGAGGAUCCAGGUGUGCCUCAGCUCCACCAUCCUCAGGGGCUCCAGCAGCAGCCUCUCCCGCCCGCUGCAGGCUAUGAAGACACGGGGGAUCAGAGCAGAUACAACCUCCCUUUCCCCUGGAUGAAAACCACUAAAUCUCACUCACACACCUGGAAGGGACAGUGGGCAGGACCGUACGUGAUGGCGGAGACGGAGGAAAACAAGCGCACGAGGACGGCCUACACGCGCGCCCAGCUAUUGGAGCUCGAGAAGGAGUUCCUGUUCAACCGGUACAUCUCGAGACCGCGCCGCGUGGAGCUGGCGCUGACCCUGAGCCUCACCGAGCGCCACAUCAAGAUCUGGUUCCAGAACCGGCGCAUGAAGUGGAAGAAGGAGGAGGACCGGAGGAGGGCGAGGGGGACCGACCCGGACCAAGACUCCUCCAUCACCUCUGGAGACCAGGGGGAGGCCGCGGGAGGGGUCUCCUCCACGAACGGACCUCACACCACCUCACCCCCUGUGUCCCCGCUGCACGCUCACUCCCUCUCCGCUCCUGGGUCCAGAGAGCCAGCGUAGACCCGCAGGAGGGGGUCUCAAAAGACUGGAACUUAAACUCUUUAAAAUCCAAGUUUUUAAAUCAGCCCCACCCGAGAGGAUUUAUAUUUUUAGGAAGCAUAAGAUUCAGAAUUAGGGCGAUAAUGGAUAGUUAAGGGUGUGAGAUGGCAUUUAACACAUGGUGCUAAUUUUCCAGGGACCCCCCUCAACUCUCUCUCUCAAGGACAACCUUAGACCUCCUUAUUGGAUACCACUGCCUGUCCUUUAUCGGACUGAACGGACACUUCUUCAUCCCACCAUGCGUUGAGGUGUUUUGGGCGCCAGAUGGCAUCCUGAGACAACCAAAUCAUGCAAGGACCCCCCCCUUAUUUGAGGCAGCAACGUGGAUUCAGGUGUUGCAGGGUCUGAUCCCGUUUUACAGUGCAUUAUUUUUCACCUCAGACCUGUGAGUAGCACACAGUCAAGUUUAUAAAUGUAUAUAAGUGUAGUAUGACUGUAUUGUCCGGAUGUCCACGUGUACAUAUAUCAUGUAAAGUCUUAAAUUAGAAUCAAUGAUACACA